AUGAGCGGAGACGACGAUUGGUGGACAUCUUCCAACGAGGCCCUCCUGGUCUCGCUCGUCACCCCCUCCGACACUGGCGUGAAAACACUGGACACUUUCCACCCGGAAUACACAAACAACAUCUUUGGCGAGAAAGAACAAAUCUUUGGCUACAAGGGUCUUCGCAUUAAUCUGCAGUAUAACGCCAGUGACAUGCUGCCCAACCUCAAGGUGUCCUACAAGAAAAAGUACCAGCCCACAGCCGACGAAGAAGCCCUCGACGUUAACGAGGUCCUGUCCGAGUUCCUCCCCGAAAUUGCCUUCGAGAAGCAAUCCGACUUUGAAACCCGGCUCAAGUCCAUUCCCGACAACUGGACCCCGCCCGGAACUCUCAUCACAAGCUUCAGCAACAAAGAUGGGGAAUACCAAGUUUACAGCGGCAAGAUCACAGACCCUGCCGUCAAGCAGCUCCUCAACCGCAUCCAAAUUCUCGUUCCCUUCUUUGUCGACGGAGGCACCCCUAUCGACAUGGAAGAUCCCGACGUCGACCGAUGGACAAUCUAUUUCCUCUACAACAAGCGUCCUCUUCCCAACCAGCCCGACCAAUUCUCCUACCAUUUCGCCGGCUACAGUACCCUCUACCGGUACUAUGCCUUCCAACCACCCGCAGAGUCCGAAUCCAAGACCCCGACCGAUACCCCGACCUUCUCUGUCGACGGCAACUUCGACCUCGAUACUCUCCCCUGCCGUACCCGCAUCUCCCAGUUCAUCAUCAUUCCGCCCUUUCAGCAAAAGGGCCUCGGCUCGCGCCUCUACAGCAUCAUUUACCAGCAAUACCUUAAGCACGAGCCUACCAUUGAGUUGACGGUCGAGGACCCCAACGAGGCCUUCGAUGACAUGCGCGAUCUCGCCGACCUCGCAUUCCUCAGCAAACAACCCGAGUUCCAAGCGCUCAAGAUCGACACCAGCGUCGAGAUUCCCGAGGAAGGCAAAGCACCCAACAAUAUUGUCGACCAAGCAGCCUGGGAAGCCUGCCGAAAGAAGUUCAAGAUUGUGCCCCGGCAGUUUGCCCGCGUGCUCGAGAUGUACCUGAUGUCCCAGCUUCCCGAGAGCGUCCGGCCAGGUUUGGGUGCUCCCGAGGAUGAUGACUACGAGGAGCAGAGCGGUAGAAGCAAGAGUAAGGGCAAAGAGAAGGCCCUGCCAAAGCCCACCCCCGAAGACGAGCAUACGUAUAGGUUAUGGAUGAUGCUCGUCAAGCGGAGGCUAUACGUGCACAACAGGGACGCGCUGGGCCAGCUGGAGCUUAAGGAGCGCAGGGAGGAGCUGGCCAAGGUUUUUGCCGGUGUGGAGUUUGAUUAUGCUCGGUUGCUGAUCAAGGCUGAGGAGCAGAGCAAGCUGGCUCAGGCUGAUGGUGAGACUGCGAGUGAUCAAGUGCCAGCUACUCCUUCUGCUGCUAAUGGUAAGCGCAAGUUGGACGAGGUUGAGCAGACGGAGGAAACAGCUGCUGCGUCGAGCAAAAAGGCAAAGGUCGAGAACGGAAAUGCAUAGAGUCUACCUCUCUACCCAUGUCCAAGUCCCAAAGUACAGGAGGGAUGGGUAGUCAAUGAUAUCUCUUGAGGGGUUGAGCAUUG